UGGUUUGAGUCUAACCUUUGUUCGGGGCCGCCCAGAGGACGCUUGUCACUCCUGUUCCUCUCCGAGCGAGGUGAGUCUCUCUCGGUUCCUGGGAAGGCGCAGGGCACAGCUGUGGUCAGCAGAAACCCCCUCCUCUCACCUCCAUCUCACAGGCUGUCCCCUCCCUCUGGACAGAUCUACGACAGAGGACUUGGGCCGACCUUCCAGGAGAAUGGAGUGAAAGGGGAGCCUGCGAGUUGCUCUGCGAGGGCAUCCGUCUUAACCCCCUUCCUAAGUUGGAGCAUGUACCCCACAACCACCGAAUCCUAGGGACCCUUACAUCUUAGGUUGUGGACUGAAAGAGCCUUUUAACAAAGCUAUUAAUCCUUAGUGUUUAUCUAGGGCUUGCUGCCAAGCCAAGGACUUCGCGUACAUUCUUAUUUAAUCUACAGAGCAAUCCUGUGAGAAACAUGAGAGUUUUUACAGAUGAGGAUCUAGUCUAGAUAGGUAACUUGUUCUGAAUUACAGCAGAGCUCAGAUUCAAAUCUAUGUUCCUGCUUCCGUAUUCUUAUUUACAGCCUCCUGUCAGACUGUUUACUCAGUUCUGGUUGCUUCCCUUUAUUAGCGAUUAUGUUCACAGCAGCUUUUGUGGUUUCUCAAUGGUAACAGUUUUCUCUGAGACAAGAUUCUAAGAGAGUCUCCUUGAAGUAGUCCCAGAUAGAGGAUCAGUCUCCUGAAAAACAGCUCAGAAUGGCCACAUCCCUGGAAGCCGAGGAACAAAAAGCCCUUCUAAUAGUUAAGGCUGAAGACUGGAGACAGGACUCCACCUCAGGAAAGUACAGUCCUCACAGAAGGGAACUCUUCAGGCAGCACUUCAGGAAACUGUGCUAUCAGGAUGCACCUGGACCCCGCGAAGCUCUCACUCAGCUCUCCGAACUUUGCCACCAGUGGCUGAGGCCAGAAUGCCACACAAAGGAGCAGAUUUUAGACCUGCUGGUGCUUGAACAAUUUCUGAGCAUUCUUCCUAAGGAUCUGCAAGCAUGGGUGCAGGCACACCAUCCAGAGACUGGAGAGGAUGCGGUGACUGUGUUGGAGGAUCUGGAGAGAGAGCUUGAUGAACCUCAAAAGCAGGUUCCAGCCAAUUCAGAAAGACAGGACACACUUUUGAACAAGUUGGCCGCCUUAAGAAGGCCACGUGAAUCACUGACUAUCAAAUUCCAUCCCAGGAAGACCCAGCAGGAGCAAGAAUCUGGGGAGCCUCAAAGGAAUGGUGAUCAAACCAGGACUAAGAAUGAAGAGUUGUCCCAGAAGGAAGAUAUACCCAAAGACAUGAAAUUCCUUGGGGAAAUAAACAACAGAUCUAACAAAGAUACUCCUCAGUAUCCUGAAUCCAAAGAUGCUGUUGAAAGUGAGGUCAGAUUCGAGUGGCAACAGAGGGAAAGAAGACGCUAUAAAUGUGAUGACUGUGGAAAAAGUUUUAGUCAUAGCUCAGACCUGAGUAAACACAGGAGAACUCACACUGGAGAGAAGCCCUACAAAUGUGAUGAAUGUGGAAAAGCCUUCAUUCAACGCUCACAUCUCAUUGGACAUCAUAGAGUACACACUGGCGUGAAACCCUAUAAAUGUAAAGAAUGUGGGAAAGAUUUUAGUGGACGCACAGGUCUUAUUCAACAUCAGAGAAUCCACACAGGUGAAAAACCCUAUGAAUGUGAUGAGUGCGGGAGGCCUUUCCGAGUAAGUUCAGCCCUUAUUAGACAUCAAAGAAUUCAUACAGCAAAUAAGCUCUACUAAUAUGGUGAAGUAACAAAAGUGCUUUAGACCUCAGGCCUAAUUAGUUAUCAGAGAAAUCUACCUUGGAGACCUUGUGUAUCCUGAAUGUGGGCAAAGCUACAAUCACCGUUAAAAAUGUCUCCAGCACCAGAGAUCUACCUGAAUAAAAUUUCCUUUUAUUUCUAAAUUAGUUCAGUUUCUUGGGAGGAUCUAAGAGUUAUUUGAGAAAGGCUUGUCCAUUGCCUUGUUCACUUGUGGCCCAAAAUAACCAUGUUUCCUGGUUGAAAGACACGAAUUCUACCUCUUGGCUCUGGCUCCUUUUUACUUGACCAUUUAGUGUAUGACUUUAGGCAAGACAUUCAUAUUUUUCUUUGCCUUCAUUUUCCCUUUCAGUAAAGUGCAGUGAUAUAAUAGAGGCCCACAGGCAUGUUGUGUUAAGUUAAAAUAGAUGAAAACUGCUUUUGAAAUUAAGAACUAAAACAAUACUAAUUUUCCCCAUCAUUCUGAUAUAAUGGCCUAAAUACCCAUUUCUUAAAAUAGUAUAAUAAUUUUGAAGAAUUUUUUUGGUUUGCCAAUGAGUAAAAAAAAAAAAAUAGAGGGAACCAUCAGAAAAGACAGCAGGUUAAGGAAAACAUUAAAAUGGAGAGGAAAGCAGUAAGUGAUCAGGGGAACUGCUGGGAGGGGGAUGAUGGAGUGUGUUAGGGAUCUGUAUCUUUGGAUAAGUCACUUCUUUUCUGAGUCUCAGGUCAUUGUAAACUGAGGGACAUGGGGAGAGGUUGGUCUAGAACUGCACUGUCCAAUAUAGUAGCCAGAACCCACAUGUAGCUCUAUAAAUUUAAACUUAAAUAAAAUGAUAAAUUCAGUUCCAUGGUGACAUUAGCUACAUGUGGCUAAGUAGCCACUGUAAUGGGCAGCACAGAUCCAAACCAUUUUUAUCAUUGCAGAAACUUCUAAAGAAUACUGCUGUUCAAAUCAGUCAUUGGUAAGGUAUCUUCCUGCUUUGAUAUGUGAUUUGAGUUCAGGAAGGUAGCAAAAGAGAUAACCUGAGGAGGCUGCAAUAGCAACAGGAGAUAAAAUACAAACACCCUGAAAAAAAUUAAUUUAGUAAUAAUAACUUUGUGGUACUUUUCAGCCUUAAAAAGAGGAUAUUAUAAUUGAAGGAAGAUGAUUUUUAAGUAAAUAUGACAACAUAAUAAUCUAAGUUGAAAGCUCAAAUUACUACCUAAUCUCUAUAAAAAGAGUGUAAUUACCUUUACAAGGUAAUAAACCCUGUCAGUUACCCUAUAUUAAUGAGAAGUUGGGGCUCUCAGUACACUAAUGCUUUAAGAUAGUAAACAAUCUAUAUUUUUUUCUUUGGGGCUCCAGAAUGUAUUAGCACUUCAUGUAUGUAUUUGCAACAGUUUUACAUCCUUAGUUUGAGAAUUUUAUAGCAUCACAGGUAUUGUGGUCAAAGGCCAACACAUUCAAAUUUACAAAACCAGGAGUUCCCAUUGUGGCUCAGAAGGUUAAGAACCUGACAUGGUGUCUGUUAUGGUGCAGGUUUGAUCCCUGACCUCACUCAGUGGGUUGAGGAUCCUGUGUUGCCAAGAGCUGCUGCGUACAUCGUGCAUCACAGAGGCAGUUCAGAGCUGGCGUGGCUGUGGCUGGGGUGUAGGAUGACAGUUGCAGCUCCAUUUCAACCCCUGGCCUGGGAACUUCCAUAUACUGAGGUGUGGCCAUAAAAAAAAAAAAAAUUUACAAAAGCAUCAAACUGCCAUGAACCACUAAUUCUAGGAAUAACCAUCACCAAAAUGAUUAGGAAGUAAUCUAAUCUCUCAUUGAAGACAUUAAUUACACAUUUGUUUUGAGUGUAGGGAAACCACCAGAAUCAUUUUGCAUCUACUACUAUUGGAAGAUGAAUCUUAAAUUAUUCCUUAUAAUGCCAUAAAGAUAAACUGAACUUUUAUGUCUAUUUGAACAUAACGCUCCUUUUAAAAAAAUAAGUUUACUUUGAAUGUAUACAUCAACUGAUAAAAACUUUGAAAACAUCAA